AAGUCAACGAGGUGCCCGGCCCGCCGUCACCCCUCAGUCAGUCCACUGUUGUCUGUGUGGUACCUUCUCUCAUACUUUAAGUGUUUUAAGAUGGUGGUGUUGGCUCUGUUCUUCCUCGGUUGUAUCGCCCAGAUCCAGGGUCAGGCAUACCAACCUUACGGCACCCACGCGCCCCUGCCAGUCGUCACCCCUACAACCUCCACCGUCACCACUGAGACUACCCUGACCCACACUCUGCGGGAGACUACAACCUCUGACGUCUGGGUUACUGAGCAGACAGCAAUCACCCUGACAGUCACCCAGACCACCACCCAAUGGGAGUUUGUUCCCCAGCAGCCACAGACAGUGACCUCUGUGAUAAGGGUCACCUCCACACCGGUAGUGUUGGUGACGGCUACGGUGGGGGUCUACCCAGUGAGCACAAUGGUCUCUGCCUACAGUCAGUUCGUCACCACAACAGAUACUGUUAAAUACUGGCAGACCAUCACCCACGUGGCUGUCACUCACGAGAUCCAGACGGUCCCUGUGGUAACUACACAAGAACUCUUCCAGGAAAUAGUAACUACCACUACCCAAAUAGUAACUACUACGGUUACUUCCACCACUGCCAGAUACUAUGCAUAACUUAUUGUAUUUGCAUUAGCUGAAAUAAAAGCAUAAUGAAGUUUAGAUUCUC